AUGAUGUUUAUUCUUAUGAGUCUAAUUUUGGUGAGUCACUAAGAGUUAUUAUUAAAAGUGGAUUAAUGCACUUGUAAAUAAAUUCUGAGUUCCUUUGAUUGUAAUCAAUUGAGUUAAUGUGAUUGGAACAAUGAAUCUGGUUUAUGUGAAGAUCGUAAAUAUACAGAUUCAGAUUCCUAUUGCUCAAUAAAUUCUACUAAUUGUCCAGUAGAUGGCUGUGCUUUAUACUAAGGUAUUUGUAAACCUUUCAGUGGUUGCACUAUAUAUCAAGCAAAGACACAUGAUGAGUGUCAGAAGAUUUCUCGUUUAUGCACAGGAAAUGGUGAAAAUUGUAUUUAGAUGGAAUGGACAUGUGAUAACUAUCAAAAUUAAAUUGCUUGUUAGAUAGAUUUGGAGGGAUAUCCAUGUAAUUGGAAUAAAGAAAGCAACAAAUGUUAUUAGAUAUUAAAAUGCCAGGAAAUCCCAUAAUCUUACAAAACUCAUUAAGCCUGCUAUCAAGUAGGAAUAAAGUAUGAUUUAAAAUGCACUGCCCAAUAGGGAGGAGGUUGUAUGGAUAUAGCAGAGACUUGCAAAAAUUUACCGGAAGUAGGGUGUGUAAUCAAAUUAAAUGGGGACUCCUGUUUUUGGAACGUAUCUUCAUGUUAAGAUUACAUAUGUUAAAAUGCCCCUGCUUCUAAUACUACCCAUGAAUAAUGUUAAAGUUUCUUAAGUACUUGCACUGUAAAUAAUGAGCAGAAAGGAUGUAUGUAAAUUGCAUCAAAAUGUGAUGAUUAUCAAAAUAAGGCAUAAUGUGUAUAUGCCGGUGAAGAUUUGUGUGUGUGGUCAGAAAUGUUUUGUAAGGAUGGAGAUACUAUUUGUGAAUCAAAAUAAACAUGCAAAUCUUGGUUGUGUGAAAAUGCUUCAUCUACUUACAAUACCGAUAGUUUAUGCAGAUAAUUUAAACAUUAGUGCACAGUCAAUAAUACCAAUGAUGGUUGUAUUUAAAGGUUAGAUUCAUGUUCCAAAUACGAAAAAUAAUAAUAAUGUGUUAGUUUGUUGGACGAUUCAAAAAAAUGUUUUUGGAAUGGAACUAAGUGCGUUGAUAAAACUUGUGACAACGCUACUCUUUCCAAAUAUAAUGAGAGUUCUUGUAGUAGGUACAUGCCAUAAUGCACUGCUGGUGGGGACAAUAAAUGUGUUCUUAAGACUUGUAAUACAUAUUUAACUGAAAAUCUAUGUAGUAAGGACUAUUAGAACAAUAAAUGUAGUUGGAGUGGUUCUUGUAAAUAAAAGACUUGUGAAAAUGCAAGUGAUGAUUUGAUCACUCACUCUGAUUGUUAGUAAUGGUUAGAAGGUUGCACAAUUAAAUAAGAUCUUAAAGGAUGUUAAAAUUUAGCAGAUUCCUGUGAUGCUUAUAAAAUAGAAGAUUAAUGUCACUUGGCAGGCACUCCUAAAUUUUAGUGUUUAUGGAUAAAUGGGUUGUGUGUUAAGAAGGAUUGUUCUUUUGCUAGUCUUGAUAUAGAUAAUGAUGAGGAGUGUUUAAGUUACUUAGGAGUGUGUAUGAUUAGUGAUAAAAAAAGAGGUUGUGUAAAUCGCAAAAAAAAUUGUCCCGAUUUAUUGGAACAUCAAUGCUCUAUACCCAGUCAGGAUACAUUGUGUUUUUGGAAUCAGGCAUCAUCACAAUGUGAAUUUAGAUAAUGUACUUAAGGAACUUCAAAUUCAUUCCAAGCUUGUUAGCAGUUUUUACCCACUUGUACAGUUAAACAUGAUGGUACUAAUUACCUUGGAUGUAUAACCAAAUCAGAUAAGUGCAGUGCUUAUAAGAAUGAAUUUAUGUGCAUUGAUAGUUUGAUUGAGGGUCUAUGCAUAUGGAACAAGAGAGUUAUUCCUUAUGCUUGUGAAAAGAGGUCAUGUUAGAAUUCAGAUCAAACUGCAAGUGAUGAAGCAUGCAACAAUUUUUUGAGUACAUGCACAGUCAAUUCUGACCAAACUUAAUGUAUGGAACGCAAAGAAAAUUGUAACUUAUAUUUAUAGGAAUUCAAUUGCAGAAAAACUAAAUCAGGAAGUUAAUGUAUCUGGUUAAACAAUGUAUGCACGUCUAAGACUUGUGAUAAGGCUGAUAAGACAUACACUUCUCAUUAAGAAUGCCAACAGUUCAGCAAGAAUUGCACUACAAAUGGGAAGGGAUGCAUUCAAAUUGAUUAAUGUUCUAAAUAUACCACUAGAUCAGGAUGUGUAAUUGAUCAGAACAAUUAGCUAUGCGUAUUCUAAUCUAGUUGCAACUUGCUUUAAUGUAGUGAUGCUCCUUACUCUUAUUCCACUGAUGAAUAGUGUAAAACAUAUAAAUCAGAAUGCACCACUAAUGGGAAUGGUUGUGUUUUGAGAACAUAGUGUUCAGAUGCUUAUAUUUAAUAAGCUUGUAUUACUGACUCUAAGGGUAACAAGUGUUCAUGGAUUAACAAUAAAUGCCUUGAUUAUAAUUGUUCAACUGCUCCUGCUAACUAUGUCACUGAGCUUGAGUGUCAUAUGCAUCAACCAGGAUGCACUGUAAAUUAAUCUGGAGGUUGCAUUAAAAAAGGUCGUUGCGAAGAUGCUAAAGUUUAAGAGGCUUGCACAUCAGAUAAAGAUAAAAACCAAUGCGUAUUCUCGAAAGGUGUAUGCAGGGAUGUAUUAUGUUCAGAUAUGCCAUACACAAAUCAUUAUGAGUGUGUUAAAUUUAAAUCAUCUUGCACUUCUAAUGGAAUCACUUGCAUUCCUCAAUCUAAUUGCAAUAAAAAAAUUCAAAGUGGUUGUUUCAUAGGUUCAGAUGGACCAUGCUUAUGGAUUAAAAAUACUUGUUAUCAAUAUUCAUCUUGCACAUCUCUCAAAUUCUAAACUCAUUAAUAAUGUUAUGAAUUCAGUGGUGAAUGCACUACUGAUGGAAAUACGUGCAUUCCAAUAGACAAAUGUGCCAAUCUAAAUUUUAACAGUUGUUUUUAGGGAACAGAUGGAAAAUGUGUGUACAUAACAAAAGAUUAGAAAUGCUAGCUAUACACAGGUUGUGGCUCUCUCCAGUACGAUGAUCACCAAAAUUGCUAGAGUCUAAGUGACAAUUGUACAACCAAUGGAACUAAAUGUAUUGAAUUAGGAGAGUGUUCAUCCUAUACUUAAUAGAUAAGUUGUUAGUUGAAUAAAAAUCGUAAAAAAUGCUAUUAUGAUUCUUAAGCAAAAAAAUGUGUUGAUUUGCAGUGUUCUCAUCUGCAAUUUACAACUCAUAGUUAAUGCAAUAUAGAAUUAGAAACUUGUACAUCCGACAACAUCAAAUGUAUUAAAAUAGAUAAAUGUGAAACAUAUCAAUAAAACUAUUGCAAUCUUGCACCCGGUUUGGAUGGUAAAUGCAGUUAUGAUUUAAAAGAAUAGAAAUGCAGAUAGAUUCACUGUUAAGAAUUGUUAGAAAAUUGCUCUCAAAUAAGUACAUGCAUAGAUAGUGGUCUGGGAUGCGUGGAUUACUCAACAUGUGAUAAGUAUCAAACUGAGAAAGCAUGCAAAUAUGGUGGCUCUGAUGGACAUUGCAUCUGGUAUUAAGAUGAAGGGAAAGGAAAAUGUAAAAUCAUGGCUUCAUGCUCAGAUGCUUCAUCUAGCAUAGAGGCAUGUUAAUCAAAAAUGCAAACUUGCCAAUGGACUUAAACUUUGACCAAAAGCACUUGUGCAUAACAUACAUGUUCAUCAAAAAAAUAAGAAUCUUCAUAUUGUUAACCAAUCUUAGAUUUUUCUGGUAAAUAUUACUAGAUAUGUACUAUUUCUAAUGGCCAGUGUUUUUCAGAAAAACUUUCUUCUCUUGGAGCAUCAAAUUGCUUUUCAGGUACAGCUUACACAUACACAUGGGACUCUGCCAAUUCUGUUUGUUUGCAGUGCGGAACAGUAUAUAACAAUAAAAGUGAUGAGAAAGAUGAUGAUGAUAUUCUUCCAGAACAAGGGAUGAAUUCUUAGGUACUAUUUCCAAUGUUGUAUCUGAUUAUUAGUAUAUAUAUUUGA